UCAGUCCAGCCACCAUCGGUGGACCACUUCUUUCUCCUCGCCCCACUGGGUGGUCUCGAGCACAUAGUUGGGGUGCAACGGAAUGUGCGGCACAUGCCAGCUCCCCGCAUCUGCACACACACACACACACACACAUCUAUUCAUCCGGUGUCUGUCUGCCGGCCUGCCAUUUGCCACAUAAAUACAUACCACACAUGGCGUAUAUUGCCUGGUUCUCCCCGACGGUUCCUCCCUUUUCCGUCUUCUCUGGCCGCCCCGAGCCGUCCACGGCCCCCCACCUCAUGAGCCCAAACUCGAUGGCCACCCAAGUGCCCUCGCCAUACAGCCGGUGCUUGCAGUACGGAUCGCUCUCUACCUGAAAGACACACACGAAACACAAGGAGGGAGGGAGGGAGGGAGGGAGGAAGGGAGGAGACAUACCUUGGUUUGGGCGUGUGGGUUUCUGCGAGGCAUCCGUCUGCCCUGCCAGCAGUUCCACAUGUCGCAGCAGCCCGGCCCCCAGAUGGCGAAUAGGUUGGCCAUGGGGAACUUGUUCUUGCCGACGUUCUUCUCGAACAGCUUGCAGGGCGUCCCCCACGGCCCCCCCACACUGGUGGUGUCCGGUUUCUCCCGGAACAUGUCCACGAAGCGGGAGCCCUUGAUUGGGCCAGAGGCCUCAUUGAAGGGCAUGGGCUCGGGGGCAGUGGCGUUGAGCAGAGCUAUGAGCUCCUCCUGCUCUUCCUGUAGCUUCGCGAGCCUCUCUUGAUACUCGGCAUACUUAUCUGGACUGAUCAAGGGGUUCUUUAGCAUCUCUUUGACGCGCUCCUCCUCCUGUCUUGUGGCCUUGAGCUGAACGCCGUGGAGCCGGCGCUUGAAGGAGGCCUUGCUCUUUUCCUGUUGCUUUUCCUUACCUGCAUCAUUUUUCCACCAGUCCUCCGGCAAUGGGCUGUACUUGCUCUCCUCAAUGAACGCAGCAGGCUGACCAUGAGCACCAAGGGGUGUCCCAUCUGAAGAAGAACUGUAGUAGGUCAGGAUGGCACCCCUGCUGCUGCUGCUGCUGUCGUCCUCGUCGCCAUGUGUCCACUGUGAGACGGUGUACCCCAGCUCUGUCGUGCCCUUGACCAGCAGCCUCACAGGCGUUGGCGCCGUGUGCAACGCCAUGCGGGCAGUAGACAAGGGCUCAAGGAUCGACGCCUCCUGGCCAAGAACCACUGUGCGGGUCCGCUUGCGCCCCGGUGUGGCGGUCUCGAAAAGAUAGUCAGGCUCCAUGUCUCUGUCUGGUGUCAACAGAUCGGGAGACGCAGAAGGGCCGCGGCCAUGCUGGACCAUCAUCUCGCCACUCAGCAGCAGUAGGGGAGGCGUCUCUCCCGCGUCAUACUGUGAAGUCGACGAGCCACUUGUUGUGGAAGGGGGUCCGUGAUGGCGCUUGACGUGGUCGCGUAUAUACCGGAGCUCGCGAAGGACGGCGUCAGGCGGCAUCAUGUUGGCCGCCACAAGGGGUUGCGACGGCGCCGCCACCUCGACAAGGAUCGGGUGCUGGAGAUGGGGAUGGACGCGGUCGGCUCUCGCGUUCAUAGAUGCGAGACGGCGGCUCUCAACCUGGCACGAUGCCACCCUUCCUCCUCCUUCGGCCAGAUGUCGUCUGUUCGCCUCCUGUGUCUCCGACAGGUGGACGGCCAGCACCAGUGCAGCCACGGGGGGAGGGGAGGGGGCAGAGGCAGAGACGUUCGUAUUGUGGGUGGAGGCCCGUGAGACCUCCUUGUCGUUGCAAAUCCACACAUCCACGAGUGCGUCGUUGAUCUGGGAGCCGAAACCAGCUACGGGGGCGAGCCGACGGCCCUCACGGUCUUCCACGAGGGCAAGAGCCAAUUGGGAGGAAAGUGGCUGUCUCUUGUCGACGGGCAUUGGGACAGGCGGCCACUGGACCAUCUCCCGGUCAGGCGCUCUCCGUCUCUUUCUUCCUUUUUCUUUUGUAGGUCUCUCAGCCACAAAGACCACACCCAUGGGAAGCUCCGAGGCGUUCUCGCUGCUCGACAGCAGCUGAGGCAGCAUGUGUCUCUGCCACAAGAGGCCGUGUGUGGUGUUCGCCACUUGCUGCUGUGCCUGGAGCGCCUCAAGGGUCAGCAGCGGCACCGUGCUGCGAGACAAAGCCGACAAAGACGCGAGGAACGGCGGCAUUGUCGACCCACUAUGCACCGGGGGCUCUGCCGGCGGUCCAUCAGCCUCGUUGAUCGGCGCUGGCAUGGCCUCUGCUCUAACAUUGCUGUGACGGGCCCCUGUAGAGCUUUCCCUUGGUCGUCGGCUGUCGAUCUCCCUCUCGACAUAAGGCAACAGAUCCAGGGGGCCGCCAUGGGGCGUCAGAAAGGGGGAAAAGAGCACCACCGGCGUCAGGCUGACCCACGGGCCUCCUGCUGCCGUCGGCUGCGGCGCACCACCCCGAGACAUUUCCGUCUCGACAUAGGUCCGUUUGGCCUUCUCGAUGGCCGCUGAUGGGGCAGCUCUCGUCUCGGGUGCCUGGCAGUCACCCUGUUGCUGGCCCCAGGGCGCACUGGCGCAGGUGGCGUUCAUGUGGCUGGGGUGGGCCGUGUGCUGUGAAUCCGAGAGCUGAAGGAGGCUAGGUGUGGCGCCGGUGGCUUUGAAAAGGCCGGAGUUUUUGUCGCACCCAGUGGCUGCUGGUGUGCUGUUUGCGAAGACCCUCUCCUUCAGCAUGGGGCUGUCGUAUAUGUUGAAGGACCCCGUGCACCCAGCUGCAAUGGCAUGGCAUGGCAUGGCAUGGGAUGGGAUGCAGCACAUCUGCGUCAUCUCUCUCUCUCUCUCUUUCUCUCUCUCUCUCUCUGUGUGUGUGUGUGUGUACGUCUGCAUCUCAGCUGUAGGUCGCUCCACUUGCCGUCGAGGCAGCGCAGCUCGCCGAUCUGUCCCCCGUGGUAUGUGUCGUAAAACAUGGUGGGAUAGUCCUCCGACAUCCGGGGUGCGAACCGGGCACGCCAGUCGCAUACCACCACAUGGAUAUCACCAGGCUGCAAAACAGACAGACAGACAGACAGCCACACCCCACACAAAAUCUCUUGAUUCGCAUUGCUAUGACGGCAGGCGAGGCGCACCUUUCGGGCAAACAAGUGUGUCUCUUCGGAGUCGACUUCGGCAAAGCUCUUGCCCAGAGCCCUCUCCGUUGCUGUGUCCGGCUGGAAUAUCGACUGCAGGAUGCGGUAGGGCGAGAGGGCGCCCCACAUGUCUCUGCACGCCUCACGCGCACAGUACCUGAGAUCAACCUGACUCACGGGCCUGGAGGGGCUCAGGGGCUUCAUCUCCGCCACUCCCUCCACGAACGCAGUGGCGGUAUUGUUGGAGUCCUUGCCAUAGAGCGCCGCCGUGUCUUCGGGGUACUUUUUCUUGUAGCCUUCAAUGAUCUCUUUGUCCGUCUCUGUCGCGUUUGGCAUCACCUCUCGCUCAAAUUCCUCUGUGUUGUUGGGUUUGGUGCCUUCGAAUUUCUGCUUGAAGCGGGCGGGUGCGGGGGCGUCCCCGACACGCCUGCGUCGCUCGGCGGCGAAUUGUGUGAAGGGGUAGCAGACGUCUUCUUUGUUGUUGGGCGAGAGGUUCUCGUGGUACUCUUCGCAGAGCUCCUGCAGCUGCUUCCAUACCGGCGGACACACAUCUGCAGACAGACGCCCAUCCCAUCCACCCGUCGAGAAGGCACACCCCACCUGUAUGUGUGUGUCGCAUUUCUGCUCACGCUGGCACUUGAGUGGUGGUGCGGACCAGACGCCGUCUCUGCACGUGACUAUGGCGUACUUCUCGUCUGUCUGGGAGUCGGUCAUUACGCCCUCGGCGUCGAUCGCCCACCAUCCCCUUCGGUGACCCUUGUACUCACCAGCCAGAUCACUGCACGCGCACACAUACGGGUCACAGAGACAUCAGCCACCACAAACACUGGCGCCGGUACCGUUUCGCAUUGCAGAAGAGCCUUCUCGUCACGCCAUGGGGCAGCGUGGCGGCUCCCUCCUCAGUACGUGCCCCCCGCUGGCUCAUGGCGGUCUGUAUGACGGCAUGCUUCGGGAUGUCCACCUCCAGCAUGUGAGCCUCUGGCGGCCUGGGCUUCAGGAACUCGGCACACUUGCCUGCAGAACAAACAAGACAGGAGCCAUGCAUGUCUCGAUGGAUGUAUGUGUGUGUGGAUGUUUUGGCUGGCUGACGGUAGCAGUAGAGUUCUCUGCCGGACCAGUGCCCGUCUUCGCAUACGACGAUGUCCACUGGGUCGAUCUUGAACCAGUCGACCUCUGUGUUGUCGCCCUCCUCGCCCACCCAGGGGCGGGUGAACUCCUCUUCGGGACCCGACAGACGCUCCACUUGCUGACAAAUCGACACACGGACACACACACAGGUGAUGGAGACACACACGUGUCUGUGUGUGUGUGUGUACUGCCGAGUGUGUCUUUUGGCAUUUGAAUCGCCGCUGUGUGCCGUGGUAGACGACCGCCUGGUCGUUGGUGAGCUCCUCCUCCUGCAGAGCAUACCCCCCGCCGGCAGUCAUGUUCAGCUCCAACCGCACGUCGUUCAAACACGCCUCUGCGCCAAACAAGACAACACACACAGGUGUUCAUCACCCAAGCUUGCGGCAAGCAGUAGCAGCUGAUUACUUUUGCAGCUGAGAGGCAUCAUGUUGGUCUUCAUGAUAGAUGGGACAGUCCAGUUGCCGUCGUAGCAGACGAAGGUCAUGCGGGCCCGGGGGUCCCCGUUGUGGAAGUACAUGCGGUCGGUGCGGCAGUCUAUCUCCACUCGCGCGUUGUGCACCGCAGGAACCUCCCACUUGUGCAGACGCACCUCCGCUACAGCUGCACACACACACACACACACACAUCGACACUCUCCAUCCCUCUCUCUCUCUCUCCCUCUCUCUUUUCUUGAGGUUACGUGUGAAGUUGUAAGGCUGGCCCGGCACGGUUGCGGUGCAAUUCUGGUCAUCAGGGUCGCCGAAUAGGAAGAAGCCCUCGGUGUUGACCUUCACACUGGUGCCGGGGUUCCCACCGUGCGGCAGUCCACCUUGUGGUCGGCGUAGUUCCAGGAGCAGACGUACUCGUAGUCGGUCGCAUUCAGCACAUUCUUGGUCGUGGCUGUGUGGUUGCCACUGUCGCCCCCUCCUGCUAAUGCGUUGUGCGCCUCCCUCCCCUGUCUGUGCAGCAGCCCGCAUUGUUCAGUGGGGGGUGGUCUUGCGCUUGUGGAUGCGUGUGGUGUUGCACUCGGUGGUGUCCCACAGGGUGAUCAUGGUCUCCUCCCCUGUCUCCGUCACGUUGGGCAGCAUGAGGGUGGUGCAGGUCACUGUGUGGUCGGAGUAGCGGAACUCACACCGCCACUCGUGGCUGAGCGUGUCGUUGGCCCCGUGUGUCGCCUCUUUGCACCGUGGACGCACCGUCGCAUGGACAAAGAAGUCCUCCUCCUUACCUACAGAAAAAGAGAGACAGUCCGUGUGUGUGUGUGUGUGUGUAUGUGUGUGUCAGGUGAGUGACCUGUGUGUGGGUCUGAUCCACCCGGUGGCUCCCAUGCCGAUGGGCAACCCCUCAGGGGCUGUCUCGUUGGUGCCCUUGAUGGGCUCGUCGGGCGGCGGCGUGGGGAUCACCGGCUCCGCGUCUGAAAAGCACAACAUGACACGAGAGACACGAGGCCCUCUCUCGUGCUCGCCGUGCGGUGAGAGGGUUGUGUUUACCCUGUUUGUCGAACCAGUUGUAGCGCUCAACGUCGAGGGAUAUCACCCGGUCCGCACGGGGGCAAUUUUCUGAACACAUAAUCACAUCAGGAGCUCGGAAUACUCACCACCACCAUGGACGGGACGUGCUUUGAUCUGCUUACUGAAGCAUCCGAGAUCGAGAGCCUCCCACUUGCCGUCGUCACAGUAGAGCUUGGUGCUGUGCACCUGCACCCCCAGGCCCGCGUCGUACCCCUCGGCACACUUGAGCUUCCGCCAGUCGCCGUGAAGCUUCCCCUCCCCCUCGAUCUCAUACGCCCACGCCGGCACGGGAAGCGGGAACUCGGGACAAUCACCUGCAUUAAGAGCAUUAACAUACACACAAAGGGAAAGAGUACACCAUUGUUUCUCUGUUGUGCCUGCUGACCUUUGCAGUCGAGCAGAGUUUCGGUCCAGAUGCCGUCAUCGCAUUUGAUGACGUCGCGGCCGUAUGGCGGCCCCGAUGCGCUCGACAUGCCCUCCUGGCACCUCACAUGCACGAGUGUGUCGGGGGGAGACGUGGCCCCGGGGGGGAACCCCUCGUCCGUCACGUACACAUAACGCUCCGGAUUCAGCACCAAAGGGCCACACUGCUCUGCGAUGCAGAGGCACACAGAAAAAGGAAGGCAUCCAUUCAUCCAUCCGCCCACGCUGUCUGUGUUGGCAUGGCUCACGUCGGCAAAAGAGGUUGACGGCGGUGAAGUUGCCCUGCUCGCAGUAUACGGUGGUGGGCUGGGCUGUCCCCAAGACCGGCUGGGUGGGCCGCCCAGCGCCGGGGAGGCCCCGCGAGGCCUUGUUGGCCACCCCACACAUGAGAGUGACGCACCCCCCAGAGGGGAAGGUGUCGGGGGUGGAGGAAGGGUCGCUCUUGGCCAGGAUGUAGUACCCGUCACUCGCUUUGAGCCACUCACGCAUGUCGUUGUAGUCACAUCUCUCUGAGACAAGCAAACACAAAGAGAGAACACACAGAGAGAGGGAGAGGGAUGGAUGGAGACACAUGCAUGGUGACGCAUAAGUACUCACUCUCGCAUCCGAGGGUGACAGCGGUGAAGGUGCCGUUGAUGCAGGUGAUGUGCUGCCUCCCCUCUCUCAGCUCCUCGGGCGCCUCCCCGUACAUCAUCUGCAAAGCCUUCCGGUGCUCAGCGUCCACGUCGGCGUCGAUGUCGCACAGGUGACGCACCCCUGCGUCGCUCGAGCAAGACACCCGUAGCUGCGUGCCGUGGGGGAAGGUGCUGCUGAGCAAAGCCUGCCAGGCCACCGUCUGGCCCGCUGCAUCGACAAGGGCUUCAGAUGGGGCGGGCGGGGGCAUGAUGCCUCCCCUGUCCUCUGCUGUCUCUUCGGGAGUUUUCUUCUCCACAAAGGUCAAGGAAGGCAUCCGCUGGAUGAGCGCCUCUUUCGUGCACUCGCCUGAGUGAGAGAUAUAGACAGACAGCCGAGAGAGCAACCAGCCAGCCGCUGGUUGUCUUUUGUGUGCUCUGCUCGCUCACUUACGUCCGCAUCUCAGCCAUAUCUUCGACCAGGACUCGUUGAUGCAUUUGGUGGUGGUCAAGUCGGUCUCGAUGCCCGUAGCGGGGUGCCACGACUCCCCAGCCACGUCAGACGACCGGCACUUGAGCUUCACCUCCGUCUUGUGCCGGGGAUAUGCGCUCCAGUCGAUCCCACCGGUCGUCUCGUUGACUAUGAGCGUGGCGUUGGGCCCGGCUAGGACCUUUGCUGCGUCUUGGGGUUCGGCUGGCUCGUACUGAUAGGCAAUGGGGCAGAGCAUGUGUUCGAGCGGAGGGGGCGCAUCGGGGUGUGGGAGGAAGUAGAGCAGAGGGCAGGCACCUGACGAGCAAAACCAACCAACCACAGCAACCAGCCACAGCAGUGGACGCAUUGCAUUCCCUCUCCACCCUCCUUGGCGUACGUCUGCACACGAUGGCGAGGAACGACCAGUUGCCUUCGCCGCACACGACAGCGGCCGAGUUCUGCCCCGCCACAGGGAAGAAGCCGUCCUCCGUCGCACAACGGACGGACCGCAGAGUGCCCGACUUGAGGGGCCUGGCGUAGGGGAACGGGGCGAAUGGCGGCUCGGACGUCACCACAUAUCCCGGCUUAGCAGUGUACUCGCGGGGACAGGGACCUGACACAGUCAUGAGGUCAUUUUGCAGGUCUUUGGUGUUUGGUGUGCGUCCGUUGGUACGUUUGCAGAUGAGCGUCUUGUCGGUGUAAAAGCCGUCGAGGCACCGGAUGACCUCCCACUGGAUCAGCGUGUCCACGUCCGGGGUCCGCCCCGCCGCACACGUGACGUUGAUCUCUGCCCCGUGGUGCCACGCCACCUGACCGCCGCUUGGCGGGCGGAUGAAGGUCGUCACAUACGCCGGACCCAGGUGUGGAGGCCCCUCGCAGUUCUCUGCAAAUAACGGAGAGACAAUUGGAUGAAGUCCGUGCGUCGCUCGCUGCCUCCCCUUCUCUCUGCCUGGUUGUUGUAUCCCUCUGUCACUCACUCACUCACUCACUCAUGCAGACGAGUAGGAAUGGUGUCCACCUGCCAUGGCUGCAGGUGAUCCGCUCGGGUGUCUCUGCCUGCGCGGGAUAGUACCCGUCACGACACGAGAGCUCGACUGAGAAUAAAAGCCUCAAAACAUUGGUCAGUGAGGGAAUACAUGAACUUCUGAUCUUACAGGUGCUGCCGUGCGACCGCUCCCGGUACGCCACAUGGCCGGUGCCCUCUUGGGUCAGCUCCAGGCGAUACCGCUCUCCGGAGAAGGACGGCAGGGGGUCGCAGUACUCUGCAAAAGCCACCCACCCAACACCCAUUUGCAAGCUGGUGGAGGUCGAUGUCUCUGCUCGCUCACUGGCACAUUCGAAUGUGUGGGCGCUCCAUCUGCCGUCGACGCAGUAGACGUCCUCAGUUGUCACAUCCCGGCUCGUGGGGCUGCCCGCUCCCAGAUCGCAUGACAAUCUCCGCCUCGACCCAUGUGCCAGUCGUCCGUUGCUAGGAAAUGACUCGACGUGAUAGAGAGAGGGCAGCGCGGGAAAGGAUGGGCAGUCCGCCGCACAGUCAAGUGUCCGCUGAUCGAAGGACCCAAACCUGCACUUGAGCAGGUCAGCGGCCGCUGUAUCCACCCCGGGCCCCUCUGUGCCGUUGACAGCCAUGGGAGACGCACCAGGGGCGCACUCCAGCCGCACCUCAGAGUUGUGAUACACAUACGGGGGGAUGCCCCGCCACCCUCUCGCCACGUUCUGGUUCUCGAGGGGCUUGGGCGCUGGGGGCGGGUUGAUGAGCUCCUGGUAGGUUGGCCUGAAGGAUGUGUGGCCGAUGUCUGCGGCGUAGGUCCACUCCUGUGUGUAUCGGGGGUUGCGCCCGAGCGUCUUGAAGAGGUCUGUGGGGCAGGAGGGUGCGCACUCGAGGUUGGCGAGCUCCCACUGGUCGAUGGGGUUGACCGCGCCCACACAGGUGAUGUUGACGGCCUCGUCCGAUGGAUGUCGCACGUCGAGCGACACACUGUGGUAGCCGAGGGACCUGUCGCACCUACGCACAAUACAAUACCAUGCACGAGACUGCACACAGAAAUGAACAACGUCGCCGACUGACCUCACAGUGACAACGGUGAGAGGUCUGAAUGUGUCGGGGUAGCGCUCGGGGUUGUCGGGGUCUGGCAGCGCUGGCGACCAGAGGGAGUAGUUUGCUCGCCGGAGAGCCACCAGGUAGUCGCUGUCACACGUGCCUGCAUGACAACGUGAUAUGCAUGCCACACACUGCGAGAAGGCCUUCAAGGAAACGCUCACGUCGACAUUCGAGCGUUCUGGCCGUCCAGUGCCCCUCAAGACACGUCAGCACAUCGGUGUCAUGAGCCGUGAUGGCCUCAAACGACUGUGCCGUGUCGCACGCAAUGGUCCGGGUGGCCCCGUGCGAAAGGUCCAGGCGGUCGCCCUCAAACACGUAACCCUCAUAGGGCAGGAAAGGCUCCUCCGUACAGGAGGCUGACACACACACACAGAGAGAGAAGCCGUGUGUGCAGGAGAGGCAGGCAGGCAGGCGGACCUUUGCAUGUGAGCUUGGGUGUCUGGUAUUCCGACUCGGCGCACAGGAUCUGUUCGGCGGUGGUGUUGGGGGUGAUGGACAUGUAGCCCUCUGCGCACUCGACCCUCGAGACGUCCCCGUGUUUGUUGCCGCCGUAGGUGACCUUGUAGCCCUUCCUCUCAGACAUCGGCAGCUCCGCCUCACCUGGACAAUGCUCUGAUAUGCAAACACACACACACGCACACACACAUACACAAGAAAUAGUGGGUAGAAAAUGGGCAGAGACACCUACAACCCACCGAUGCAUUGAAGGGUGAGUUGCGGCGUCCAGUGUCCCGACACGCACCAGACCAUCUGUGUGGCCUCUGAGCACUCCUCCCCCCGGUUGCGACAGAAGGGCACCGCCUCCAGUGGGUUGCACCCGAUCUCGAUCCAGUCCCGGUUGGCCACCACGUCCUGCAGACGACCGCUGCCCUCUGCCGUGUGGGAGGUCCGCAGAAUCAGAUAAGGGGAGGGAGGCGGCUCGUACGGCGGACAGGGGCUGUCACAAAGACAGACAGACAAACAGGUGUGAGCCAGCCAUUGUGUGUGUCUCUUCGUUUGCUGUGCUGACUUUCGCAUACAAAGUUGAGAGGGGUCCACUCGCCGUGUAGGCAGUAGACAAUGGCGUACUGCGCGUGGCUGCUGGCGGCGUGUGGCUCCACACAGCUGAUGUUGCGGUAGGACAUGUGCUCCAGCGACUCCAGGGAUCGCGGCUUGACACCGGCGGGCAGAGACACGUGAUACAGACUGUCACCCAAGUCGGGAUACUCUGGGCACUUGUCUGUCACACACACGCGCGCGCAUUGGGUGCACUGAAGCCCUGUUGUGUCUCUGUGGGGGUACCAGACCUUCGCAGUGCAGUCCCGGUUCGGUAUAUUGCCCAUCGACACAGGUGACAGUCCGCUCGACGGGCGGUAUGCCCAAGGUGACCUCUGCGCCUCCCUUGCACCUCACCUUGACCACCGUGCCGUGGGCCUUGUCGUGCGUCUCGGGGCCCGACACGGCAUACGGCAGGCCCUGACGGUUCACCUCUUCCAUGUAGGGACGAACGCAAUCCUCUGACAGAGGGAGACAAAGAGAGAAUUGGGAUUGGUCCGCUCUGUUCGUGUGGCGGCCGAACUUUUGCAGACGGUCUCAGGCGGCAUCCACUGGCCGUCGCUCUCGCAGUAGAUGAUCUCCUUCUUCCGGUACCGCCUUGUCGACGAGUACCCCCGCUGGCACGCCAGCACACGGUAGUCCCCCGCCGCGCGACCCUCUGUGCCCUCGUCGUACUCCGUCGUCAAAUGCCUCUCGUUGAAUUUGUACUUUUCGAUGUACCUGCCCCACGCAGGACACAACUCUGAGGAAGAAGACAGAGAGAGAGGGAGAGAUGCGCGCAGGGGUGGGGCUGGGUGUGUGCUCUGUGUGUGUGUGUGUGUGUUUGCUGACAGCUGUUCUGACUUCUGCAGUUGCAUGCGCAGUUGGUCUCGGCUUCCGUCUUGUCGCCCCCAUCGCACUCCUCACCAGACUCGACUAUGCCGUUGCCGCAUAUGGCCGUCCGGCCUGCACGAAGACGAUCCACAGCACAAACACACACACAUGCGUCGUGGUGGGCAUACAGGACGUUGUACUUGAACUGUAUACCUAGAAUGUAGUUGAGGUCUCUCACGGCUUCGGGCAUCUCCUUUUCCGGCUCGAAUGUGCGGAAGGGGAUGGCCGCCAGCCGCACGUCACCUGCAGCCAUCCACAUGAAGCAUGGGUGGACGUGCUGGUGAAAGAAAUGGGCUGGCUACCCAACCGUGGAAGCAGUUGAAGUCGUCUGCGUCGCAUCCGAUGGAUAAACCUGCCAGUCUCGGUCAGAUUGGCCGUCGUCCCCUCGGUCGCCAGCAGACGGCCCCCUGCCGGCGUCAGCUCCUUCUCCUCGCGAAACACGUGCACCUGCACGCAUCAAAGCUCUUGACGUCACCCAUCGUGUGUGUCUUAAUUAUACACACAUACUCGGUAGUUUCCAUCGGCAGUAGGCGCGAUUGUGAAGCCAUACAGCUGCGGGCGGCCCCAGCAGGCGCUCACCAUCACGCUCUCCCGCGACAUGGGGACAUCUACCGCCCCCUCAGCCCCCUGGAACCGUCUCUCCAGCUGCCCGUCCCUCUCCACCAGCACCACGCGCCCACUCGUCCUUCGGCCCUUGUGGUUGUUGCUCUCCGAAAGCGAUCCGAAAGCCCCAGCGGUGUCUCUCCGCCGCCUGAGGCUGCCGUCCUCUUCCGCCAUUGCCGUCACGCCACCUCCUCCCUCUUCACUCGUCGUCUCGCUGAUGACGGGAGCCAGUGGGUUGGCCUCCACUUGCACGCCGAUUCUCAUCUUGCCGAUGGCCCUCAAGGGCCAGGGCUCGAUUACUAUCUGGAAACGGCUGUCUGUCCCGCUGUCGAAUAGAAGUGUCCGGCGUGCGGCUGUCUCGCCGUCCACAUCGACGUAGAUAAAGAAGCUCCAGCCGGGCGCUAGGGUGGCCAUGGGGUUGAUGGCCGGGGGCGGCAUUAUGGACAGGCGCGACACAUUUGAGCGCAGCAGCGGCCCCUCGACGCCACGGUCUCCGCCGGAGAAGCGAAGACCAAAACUGUAAGUACAGAACACACAAAUAGACGCAGACACAUCUGUGGCUUUCCCACGUAUGUGACGCACGAAUGCACACAUUACACUGACCCUUCGACGAGCUGUGGCGUCUCCUCGGUGUUUGGCGGUACGAAUGCGACAGGGAGUGUCUUUGGGGAUAGUGCGUCUCGCCAGCGUUUGACGUCCCGCGUGUCCCCCUGCACCGUGACGAACUCCCGCAGGCCGAUGAGGGUGGUGCCCUGGCCGUACAUACGCUCGCAGGCCUUGAUCUCCGCUGCAGAUGACACUGCACAAAGAAACACCUAGCCGUGAACUGCUUUGCACUGGACUCGGUUGUUACCUGGUGAUGGUGAUGGUGUCUGCCUCUGUGCGAGGGUGAGCAUUUGCGCCUGCCUUUGCCUCAGGUGCUGCAGAUGCGACGCGUUGACCUGUGUGAAGCCUCCCGUGGCCAUCUGGCUCCCCCACACCGUCCUCGAUGCCUCCAGCAUCUCCAAGUCUGUCAGGCCGCCACUGCUGUGCACCAUCCUGUCUUCGCCCUUUUCGCUGGCCGUCAUGUGCAGCAUAGAGGUGGCGUCGUCGCCGCCAUCCAGAUCAACGCCUUUGAGUAGGGUGACCGACGUCACGGUAGAUAUGUCCGCAGAGGAGAUCAGAGUCGGAAAGCCGGUGACCGCAAGAGCGGCCAU